UUUUUAUGUAACUGGGAUGAUGUAACCGCUGGCUGGCCCGGGGUGUUGGGCGGGGCGGGGCGGGGCGGGGGCACCGGGAGCGCGGGCCCGCGAGACUCUGCGUGCGGCGCCCGCCCAACCAUGCUCCUCUACCGCAGCGCCGCGUGGUUCGCCAAAGGCCUGCGCGAAUACACCAAGAGUGGCUAUGAAUCUGCAUCCAAGGACUUCAUCCCUGAUGACUUGGAGGUCCAAGUCCCUGGAAGAGCCUUCAUGGUCACCGGGGGGAACAGCGGCAUUGGAAAAGCAACUGCCUUCGAGAUCGCCAAGCGAGGUGGCACAGUUCACCUGGUUUGUCGAGAUCAAACCCGAGCGGAAGGUGCCCGAGGUGAGAUCAUCAGGGAGAGCGGGAACCAGGUGAGCUGCUCUGUGCCCCUCCUGCUGGGGGGGUUCCUGCCUGCGGGGUCCGCAGUGCAGGGGGCUGGACUUCUGGCCACGCUUCCCGAGUUGGCAGUGGCCUGUUUGUGCUUCCGCUUGGGAGGCAGCCUCAGCCAACAGAGCUGGAGCUGCGCUUUUCUUUUUUCUUUCUUUUUUUUUUUUUUUAAUAAUGUGUUACAGGACAGAG